AUGACGGUAACGGUGAUGGUAACAGUAAUAGUAACGGUGACAGUAGUGAUUACGAUAACAGUAACGGUUACGGUAAUGGUGACGGUGACGGUUGACAGUGACGGUAAUGGUAACGCUGACUGUAAUGGUAACGAUAACGAUAAUGGCGACGGUAACGGUAACAUUGACAGUAUCGGUAACAGUGACGGUGACGGUAACACUAACAGUAAUGGUGACAAUAACGAUGACGAUAACAAUGACAGUAAUGGUUACGAUAAUGGUAAUGGUAACGGUGAUGGUAACGGUAACUGUAAUGAUAAUUGUAACUAUGACGGUGACGGUAAUGAUGAAGAUAAUGGUGAUGGUAACAAUGAUGAAAACGAUAACGGUAACGGUUAUCGUGGCGGUAAUGGUAAUCGUAAUGGUGACAAUAACAGUAAAGAUGACAAUGAUGAUAACGGUAACAAUGACAGUGACGGUGACAGUGACGGUAGCGGUAACGAUCACGAUCACGAUGACGGUAACGAUAAUGAUAACGAUAAUAGAAAGAGUAAUGGUAAUAGUAACAGUAACGAUGACAAUAACGGUAACGGUAUCAAUGACGAUAACCCUGACGGUAACGGUGACAGUGAUGGUAACAAUGACGGUGAUAGUGAUGGUAAUAGUGACAAUAACAGUAAUGGUAACGGUGACGAUAGCUGUAACGUUAACAGUAACGGUGAUGGUAGCUGUAAUGGUGAAAGUAACGGUUAUGGUGACGGUAACGGUAAGGGUAACGAUGAUAUUAACGGUAUCGCGGAUGGUGAUAGUAAUGAUAAUGGUGAUAGUAGCUGUAAUGGUGACUUUGACUUUAAUAGUGAUGUUAACGAUAAUAGUGACAGUAAUGGUCAUGAUGACGUUAAUAGUGACGGUAAUGGUAACGAUGAUGGUAACUUUGACGACGACGGUAACGCUGUUGGUAACGGUAAUAGUAAUGGUAAUGGUAACAAGGACGAUAACAGCGACAGUGAUGGUAGCAGUGACGGUAACGGUGACAGUAACUGUGAUAGUAAUGGUUACGACAACAGUAAUGAUAACGGUAACAGUGACGGUAACGAUGACGAUCACUGUAACGAUGCUGGUAACGACAACGAUAACAGUGAUGAUAACGGUAAUUGUCAUGAUAACAAUCACUUUAAUGGUUAUGCUUAUGGUAACGACAAUGGUAACAGUGACAGUGACAGUAACGGUAAUGGUAAUGGUAAGGGUGACGGUGAUAGUAAUGAUAACGGUGAUGGCAAUGGUGACGAUAGCGGUGACAGUAACAGUGAUGGUAACGGUAACGAUGACAUUCACUGUAACAGUAACAGUAACGUUAAAUGA